UAUGACCUUGACCAUUGGCAUGCUUGGUUACAUGGCUCCAGAGGUUGUUCAAUCUAAAUAAUACUAAAAUACAGCUGAUAUCUUUAGUUUGGGAUGUUUGUUUUACUUGAUGAUUUAUGGAGAAUUACCUUUCUCAGAUUAGAAUCAUUAAAUCUACUUGUAUGAAACCAAAAAUAAAAGUACAUUAAACUUUAUAAAGAGAAAUCAUUCAUCAUGGCAACACAACCUCAUAAAAAACUUAGUUCAUCAUAAACUCAAUGUUAGAAUAUGAUCAAGACAAAAGAAUUGGAUGGGCAGAGUUAUAUAAACUAUUUGAUCAAAUGUGAAUAUCACC